UUUCAAGAGAAUGAGGAUGGGAGGAAAAGCUUGAGGUUUGGAGGCUAUGGUGUUUAUAGCUUGGAAGGAAGGAAAAACUUGGAGUUAUGCUUGGUGGGGCUUUAUGGAUUUAAGAGUUUCAAGAGAAGGAGGAUGGAAGGAAAGCUUGAGGGUGAGAAAGUAGGAGACAUGGUUGUGAUUGCUAAGGAAUGGCUGGGAAGGCCCUGGAAUGCUUGCAGCAACUAA